AUGCACUUCGGUCGGCGUGUCUCGUCUUCGCUGGGCGUCUCUCGUCUUCGCGCGUCUUCGCGUGUCUUCGCUCGUUUUGGCGCGUCUUCGUUCGUCUUCGCUCGUGAUCUCUCGUACUCGCAACUCUUCGCCUGUCUUCGCAUUGGGAAGUGCCCGAUCACGCCUCAUGCAGUUUUGCGGUAUCUGGUGGAGCGAGCGCGUGGGAGGAGGCAUGCUGUUACCCCGGCAUCUCAUCCCCAAAAAGUCUCUUCUAAGCUUGCGCUCCGCCCUUGCCCGUUUGCACUUUGCACUCCGCUUUCGAAUGCGCCUGUUGUUUUUGUUCAGUCUGCAACCUUGUUGUUGGAAGCUCAGUGGGUGGGCCAAAACUACGCCUUGUCAUGUCUUCGAGGUGAGCAGAAUGCGGUCCAUGAAGUGAAAGCAGAGAAGUGCCGGCUGUUCAAGCUUUCUGCAGACCUAGGCUACUUGGUUGGCAUUGGGGCCAUGCCUGCAGCACCGCAGUGUCGUUCCGGUGGCAAGUGGGGCGAAGUCACCUCAUCUAAGGCCCUGACCUGGAGUUGCACUUGCCUCAGUGUGGGCGUCGAGCGACGGUUCAGCAUCACGGCGGAUGUUCUCAAAGAAGAGCCAGGCCUCUACGAUGCGAUGCGGGCUCGGCAGACGCCAAUGGGGGUGACUUUUGCCAAAUGCAUCAAAACGGGAAUCGACAACCGGGGACACCCCAUGAUCAAGACCCCAGGCCUGGGUGGGGUGGCAGGGGACGCAGACUGCUUCGACACCUUCCAGCCGUCCUCAAGCUCAUCGCCGCCUUCGCACUUUGAAAGUCCGAAGCGCUUCAUCCCCGACGUCGCCCUGGCGGACGCGUCCUAUGUGGUCUCAAGCGUGAACUUUGCCGCUUGCGCCCUGAUUUAUUCCGCGAGGAAUGUCCAGGGCCCGCGCUUCGCCCCGUCGAUGCUGCGGUCCGAGCGCGCAGAGGUGGAGCGCAUGAUGGUGAAAGCGCUGCUGUCCAAUGGCCUCAUCGACGGCUCAUGGACCUGGCCAGUGCUGCCAGGGCCAAAGCCCCAGAUUCCCCAGUCGGGGCCGUGUCGGGGCGUCCUGCCGCGAGAUGCCAUUGCGCCAAGUCAGCGGCAGACAUUGCGUCACGCUAAUGGUGAAUCUUAUCCUCUUGGCCUCUGGAUCAGCGACUGGGCCGCUGGAUAUGUCACGGGCGCUGUCAUCCACAUCCUCAUAGAGGAGCGUUUGGGAUACGCCGUGAACGAAACCGGGCCCGGCCUGGGCGCUUUGAAUGCCUUCUACGCGCUCGCGGGCUGUGUAGACCCCAUGAAUCUCGAGGAUCGUGGCUGUGGGCCCGAGGUAACUUACAACCACAUCAAUCUCGAGACCUGGGGCGAGGGCUACACCACCGAAUGGGAAGAGAUACAGAGAGAGCACCCUUCGAUGGCACCAAUCGACGUCGGGAGCAUGGGCUACAGCGGUCAAACAUCCUUGUUUAUCCCAAAGCAGUCUCAACAGGAGGCCUACGACCAACUUGGCACUGCUUUGGAUUUCUUUCGAGGGUGGAACAAGUCGUGGAGUCAGCCCUGGCAUUUCUUUGACGGCAUCGCUGAUGUCAGUCGGGGCCAUAUCUACCCAUGCAAUGAGACCCGCUUCAAGUUGACCAGACCAAAUGAGAUCUAUUUGAAGAUCACGGGCGAUGCGGAUGGAGUCCGCAGGCUCUCGGAGAACGAGACGAUCGCAUUUUGUCCGGAUGGUUACUUUUGGCUGGCUCCCGCUUGCAGGGCAAACACAUCUCAUUGCGUGCCUUACUUCACUGGAGGUGCGGGAUGGAUGUUGGAUGACGUUAUGCAGAAAGCAGCCGCCUACAACAUGCCCUUGGCAGUGGCUGUGGCUAGAGAGUAUGGAGUGUUGCCGACAAAAGUCAGUAGCACAUUCUACUGGUGGACACCAGAUCACACUUUCCUGGAAUUAGACCCCGUGAAGAUCGUGUUCCCCGAGUACGACUUCAACUCCUACAGCGUCGGCGACAAGCGAACAGCCAUGAAGGACGCCCGCAUCACGAAGCUGGUCAGUCAAGACCUGUCGACACUGGCACCGCGUGUCGAAGACCUCAUCCGAAGUGUGCGGUUUCACGUCGACGACGUGAACUUGAUGAUGAUGGACAUGAAGCAGACUGGCGACUCGCACUUGGAAGUGGCGUGCCGUUGGCUGAAGUCAAACACGGGCUCUUGGGAGACGUGGCUGCCAGAUAAGACGAAGUGUUUUGCUGGCUACGGCCUCUAUGACAUCAGCCUGAUGGACUUUGCUUUCGAAAGGGAGGACCCCACCUACAGGGAGUGCCGCCCCUGCACGUCGGGGAGGUACUCGUCGCCCUUCUCAGAUGUCAAAGGAGCCACAUAUGUGUGCAAUCCUUGCGAGCCGGGAACCAGUCAGCCGUCCUUCUUGGCGCUUUUCUGCGAGCCUUGCCGGCUCGGUGAGUAUCAGAACUUUUCCGGCAGCGAAAGUUGCAACCGCUGUGAGAUGGGAACGUACCAGGACCGGAGAGGCUCAGCUCUUUGCGAUGUGUGCCCCCCUGGCAGCAUCACACUUGGCCUGGGCUCGGUGUCUCCCUCGGACUGUGGCUGCAAGGCGGGCUUCAUUGACAAGGGGAACCUGACUUGCGUGGAGUGCGGGGAGGGCUUGGAGUGCCCCGCCCUGGCCACCGUGGCCAGCCUCCAAACCGGCACUGCCGAGUUAGGAGAGGACUUUGUGCCUUACAUUCGUGAGAACUUCUUCAGCACCGUUGAGCAGCCCCUGGACCUCUACCGGUGCUUGCAACCUUUCCGAUGUUCCGGAGGACGUCCUGGAAGCGGCAGUGGUGGUGCAACCAACGUGGCCUGUACGGAUUGCAGAGAUGGUCAAACCUGGGACGUAGACAAAUGCAAGGACUGCUCAGCAUUCCAGGUGGGGGGCUGGAUUUUGGCCUUCCUGGUUCUAUGUCUGGGCCUGCCUUCGCUCUACUACAUCCUCACCUCACAGACUGCGGCCAAAGCUUCGGUUCUCUUCACCACGACCUGUGCCUGCGGGAUGACCAUCUCCGUGCUGCAAAGCAUGGGAAUUGUGGGGAUGAUGACCGUGGACUUCCCCUUGCAGAUCCGGGGCAUUUUCGAGUUCCUCCAGAUCUUCGUGCUUGACAUGGCCAACUUCGCCAUCUCCUGCGUCGUAGGGGGCCGGGUGUCCGUGCGGUACGUCGCCUCCGUCCUUUGCUUUCCGGCGGCGGUCUUGUGGCUUUCCACCUGUGCCACGCUCUCUAAGCUCCUUCCCAAAUCAUAUCGGUGGGAGCCCAGCAAGACGAAGAGCACGAUUGGCCAGGUGUUGCAAGUCGGCUUCAGCACGAUGAGUUCUAUCUCAAUGGCCCCUCUGACCUGCUUCAGCCAUCCCAACGGCAUCUACAGCAUCCUCAAGUUCCCUGGGGCCACAUGUGGUUCUGAACAGCACAUCAUCAUGGAAGUGGCAGGCGUGAUGCUGCUCGCAGUGGGGGUGUUGGGUUUUCUCGCCCUCUGUACGUGGGCCGUGGUCAUGAUGCCAAAGUGGAGCGGAAUGGGACUGCACGAUCGAGUUCGUUCAUUCCGCUUCCUUGUCUUCCGCUUCCGUCUGGACAGCUGGUGGUUUGGUGUCCCGUUGCUGAUGCGGGGUCCGUUGCUGUCACUGCCCAUUGCACUUGCCACAGAUCACCCCCCAGUGCAGAUCGUGUGCGCGACCUUGGUGCUCCUGGUUUUCCUCACCGUCCAAUCCCGCUCCUGGCCUUGGAAAGUUCCGCUCUUGAAUGUGCUGGAUUGCCUCAUGUCUGUAUGCAUCACCCUUCUGGUGGCUUCCGCUGCGCUGCACCUGGAUGCCAUCCAGGGGAGCAUGCAAGAUUUUGCGGACGCGGUCUCCACAGUGCUAAUGGGAGCCGUCGGAGUAUGCCUGCUCCUGUUGGUGACGAUGACAUGCUCGGCUUUGGUCUUCCGCACCGCUCUUGGUGGACAGCAGGAGUUAUUCCUGUUCAAUCUGCAGCAGAUGCCCACGCCCGCGGACGUUAGCUCUCAGCUGAGGGCUGUCACAGCAAGAUUGUUGUCGAUGAAUGAGAGGGAUGUCGUCAAGCCGCUGGGGGCACUGACCGUCUACGACAUCAACCUCCUCAUUGCCAGCCUCUCUUUGCUUACUGUGGAGGUCGUGCCUGCAGCCACGGGCAUGGAGUCAAGAGUAAGAGCCCGGUCCAGUCGGAUCGACUCUUCCUCAUUUGCGCCGCCGAAGGCGAAAUUGGUGGAGCCUGCCGAGCCCAAGGUUGCAGAUGUGUCCGAGCACAACCGGGAGGCAGCUCUGUGGACCCCCUUGGUCCUGGCAUCCUGUUUCUUUCCUAGAGACGAGCUUCUCAACUACCAGGCAAGGCACGCGAAGACAAGCGACCGUGCGAAGACCAGCGACAGAGCGACGACGAGCGCCGAUCUCCUUCUGGGUGGAGUCUUGUGGGGGUGGCUCACUGACAUGUCAGCUCCUUGUGAUGACGAGUUGAACGCCGCCAAAACAUCUCCAUAUGGCCUUGAUAUGGUUUGCUGGUCUGAGCAUGGCUGGGAUGGGGACGCUGCACGAGAUCCCCGAAUGCAAUGCCGCAGUUCCGGAAAAGGUGACGAGUGGAAUGCGUUCCAUGAAGUGAGAGUAGUGAAGUACCACCUGUUCAAGCUUUUUGCAGACUUGAGCAACUUGGUUGGCAUUGUUUGGGCCAUGCCUGCAGCGUGUGAGGUCGUCCAUGGAGCUUGGUUCCCAAGUGCGCGCAAGAGUCAUUCCGUGUCCAUUGGCUUACAGUCCCAAGAAUCAGUUGGGACAUCACGCAUAGCCGGGCGAGCUCUGGGCCCCUCCAUGGCUGCCGACACAGGGCUACCCUUUGCCAGCUUGCCCGGACUUGGGGACAAGGAGGUGGAGGGCUUCCCCACCGACAGAUGUCCGGAGGAAUUGCCCGAUCUCUCAAGACACUUCAGCAUCACGGCGGAUGUUCUCAAAGAAGAGCCAGGCCUCUAUGAUGCGAUGCGAGCUCGGCAGACGCCAAUGGGAGUGACCUUUGCCAAAUGCAUCAAGACGGGAAUGGACAACCGGGGACACCCCAUGAUCAAGACCCUAGGCCUGGGUGGGGCCGCUUUGAAAAGAGAGCAUUAUAGUGCGGUGGCAGGGGACGCAGACUGCUACGACACCUUCCAGCCAUUCUUUGACAAGCUCAUCGCCUCGUGCUGUGGGCAGGCCGCCUUGGAACGACCGCACUUUGAAAGUCCGAAGCGCUUCAUCCCCGACGUUGCCCUGGCGGACGCGUCCUAUGUGGUCUCAAGCCACCUUCGCGUCUCCAGGAAUGUCCAGGGCCUGCGCUUCGUCCCGUCGAUGCUGCGGUCCGAGCGCGCAGAGGUGGAGCGCAUGAUGGUGAAAGCGCUGCUGUCCAAUGGCCUCAUCGACGGACCGGGCCCGGCCUAA